GUGAUGUGUGGGUCCUCAAUGCUCAUUGCAUUGACAAGUUGCAGGCUUGCCGUUCUGCGCCUGAGCCUGAGGCUGUCGUUUGCAGAAGCUCCCAUUCAUCGUGAGCAUACAUCUAUCCUAUGCAAGGGUGACACUCCACGGAUUCUGAAAAAGAGGCCCUUCCGAAAGAGCUCCACCACCCUUGUCGAUCCCAUCCAAGAACAAUGUCAGGCGGAUUCGACAUCCAGAGUUUCUUCAAGAGCGUGAGCUCCACGCCCCCACCCCAACCUCAGGCGGAGCAUUCGGGACCCCCCCCUCCAACUUAUGGUGGCCCAAAUCAAGGGCCGCCGCCCCCCCUUCCCCCGGGCUUCGGGGCGCCCCCCCCGCCGGGCUACAUGCACCCUCAGCAAUUCCAGGGGCCCCCUUCUGGCCCUUUCCCUUUCCACCUGCUCGGGCAGCAGCAGCCGCCGCCGUUCCAGGGGGGUCAUCGUCCCCAGCAACAGCACCCCCAUUUCCAAGGGGGUAAUCCUUCCCAGCAACAGCAUCCCCCAUUCCAGGGCCCUCCAUCGGGGGCCCCAAACUCGGCGGGCGCCAACUUAAUGGCCUUGCUUAGGGGACCUCCCCCAGCCUCUGCGCCGCCCCCGGUGCCGCAACAUAGUCCUGAGGCCCCCCCCGCCGCAAAUGGAUUUGAGGCCCCCCCCAUGUCGGCACCGGUGGCCACUCAGCCAAACCCACCUUCGCAGAGCGCGGCGCCGACCGCGCCCCCGCUUACGUUUGCUCCGGGCUCGCCCCCCGCUGCCGGCGCCAAGGCGAGCUGGUUCCGGGGGAAGGCGAAGAAAGGCACGGGGCGGGUGUUGAGCGGUGCUCACGUCGUGUACGACAUCGACGAGAAGCGCGAGGGCGAGACGAAGCCGCAGCUGGAGGUGCACACGAUCAGCAAGGUGCCGCUGGAGUACCGCUUGGAGCUGGGGCGCGAGAUCGCGGUGAACCGGAACUACAUCUGCUAUGGGAUGAAGACGGGGUCGGUGCGCAUCCUGAGCCAGAUCGAGGACGCCAAAGUGCUCCUCAAGGAGCAUUCGCAGAGGUUGACGGACCUUGCCGUCUUUGCCGAGGACGUUAACCUCCUUUCCAGCGCUUCUUCAGACGGCCGCGUGUUCCUCCACGAGGUGGUGGGCCGCGGCAAGAAGGACACCAAGGCGCGGCCCAUCAUGGGCCUCCAGUGGCCCCCUGAGGGAGGCGCUUUGCACGUUGCUUGGAACCCCCGGCAACAGGAACACCUCGCCAUCGUCCAGGGCAACUCCUUCUACCUUGCUGAGGUCAGCCGCCUCCAGCAACAGCUCCCCCCCCCUCAGGACGGCGAGCCCGCCCCGCUCCUAGCCGUCGACCCCACAAACCCCGCUCCGGGCCUGCGCCUCGUCGGCACGCACGCUGACGUCAUCGUCGACGUCAGCUUCUCGCCAGCUGGCGACCGCAUCGCGUCCGCGUCCAGGGACGGGCGCGUCAAGGUCUGGGGCGGUGAGGGGGACCGGUGCUUGUCGGAACUGACCCCCCAUUCCGGGGAAGCCGUCUGCAGCGUGCGUUUCGUCGGGACGGGAGACGAGAUUGUUUUGGUGACAGGGGGGCCGGCAAACAGGGAGAUUAAGCUGUGGGUCGCGGGGGGGGAGGGAGCGGAGUGGCAGUGCGUGCAAACGGUGGAGCUGACCAGCGCGGAGGGGGCGGAGGCCUUUUUCAACCACUUGCAUGUGGACCACCGCUCGGGCCUCCUCUUCCUGGCCAACACGCUGCGCAAGAGCAUGUACGUCCUCAACCUGCGGCGCGGGGCCGGCUCCGCGCAGCCCCCCGCCUUCGACUAUCUCGCUGAGUUCUCGUUUACGGCGCCGGUCCUCAGCUACACCACACUGAACGAGGGAGUGGUCGACGGGGAGGAGACCGUGGAGAUCUACGCUGUGCAGCCAGAGAAGAUCCAGCGAUAUGCGCUGGACGCAGCGUUGUGCCGCCCACCUCCUGAAGAAGAAGCGGCCCCCCCUCAGGCCCCCGUGGCCGCGCCAGGGCCCCUUUCCCCCAUGAUCCUCUCCCAACUCACCGAAGCCCCCCCGACCGCGCACAAGCCCCUUGUUCCCGAAGUCCCAAGCGCCCCAACCGCUGAGCAACAAGCCCACCCCCCCGAACCGACACCGGAGAAUGAACCGAGCGCUCCGGACGCCCCAGAGGGCCUGGACGUGUCGGUGCAGAAGCAACCGGGGGUGAGCCCCGACCUGACUCGCGAGUUCUCGGGACGGGAGCACGGGCAUGUGAACCUGGGCGUCGGCAGCCGGGGCCUUGUUCAGAACAUGAACGAGCUGAAGAAGCAGGCGAGCAGGAGCCGGACGGGGAGCCCAGCCCGGCAACAGGGCCUCGAGGCGAAAACCGCCGGAACGAAAGAAGCUGAGGGGGUUAAGACGGAGGAAAGUGCAAAGGUGGAGACCAAAACCGAGCAGGGGGUUGAGAAAGCUCCGGAGAUUCCCCCCCUGGAGGCCGCCGCUCCGGUUGCGGCUCAAGAGACGGCCACGGAAGAGGCUAAGGGGGUCGAAGAGGCAAGCUCACAAGAAGCGCCGAAGCUACCGGAAGCGCCAAAAACCUCUGAAGCCCCGAAACUGCUAACGCCAGCCAUGCUGAUGGGGGGCCCCAAGGUAGAAGAGCCGCAGCCUGCAGCGCCCCCCCAAAAGAAGGACGCCGGUGCUACAAACGGGGCGAAGGGGCGCCAGGGGGGUGCGAAGCAGCACGUGGGCAGCCCCCCCAGAUCGAAGGGCGGGAACAACGUCAAGUGGGCGCCCAAAGUGGGGGGUCCGGAGGUAGUGUCGAGCGCGCCCCCCGUCGAGGGGCUCUCGUAUGAUGACGUCAUGAAGGGCGUUGCGGCGAAGAAGGAGGAGCCCAAAAGUAAGAAAGAGCCAACAAAGGCGAACGCCGCGCCUCCGGCCACAGCGGCGGUGGCGGCGCUCGCCGUACCCCCCCCGGAAAAAGAAGACGGCGCGGUUCUCAAAGAUUCGGAAGAGGCGGCGGGUCCGUCCGAAGGGGAGAGGGGCGAGCCCGAGAAGAAGCGCAAGGGGAAGGAGAAGGAGAAGGGCCCCGCUCAGGCGGAGGCGGAGGCCGCCACGAAGGCGGAAAAGCUGGAGGACGUGACGGCGGCGCUCCAGACCGGGGCCCCGGAGGCCCCCGCCGGGGAGGGGCUCGUGGACCCGGCCGCGCUGACAUCUGGCGGCUUCCUAUUGGCCGAGAAAGCGAAGGGCCGGAAGAAGAACAAGGGGGGGAACUUGGCGACUGCGGCUGCGGUCCCCCCCCCGCAAACCCCUGCGGAAGCAGCCCCCGGCCCCAGCGCGCCGGCACCCCCGUCGCAAGGAACAGUGGCGGUUCCUACGGAUUCCAAUGAAAUGCUCCAGCAGGUGAAGCAGAUUCCGGGGGGGGUUGCGACGGCGGUGGCGAAAGAAGGGAAGAGGAUCGAGACGGCGCUGGCGCUCAGACUAGAGAAGGUGAUCAAAGCGAACGCCGAGGCGCAGGCGGCGCGGGCCGAGGAAGAAAGGGCGAAGCGCGAGAAGGCGGAGAAGCUGCGGAUGGACACGGCGCUGCAGGCGAUCACGGGGGCGCUCAGCCGUGACCUCCCGGCACUUGUUGAGAAGUCUGUGAAGAAGGAGCUCGCGGCCGCGGCCCCCGCCAUGUCACAGCUCCUGGGGCCCGCCAUCGAAAAGUCGGUCCAGGAUGCGCUGGUCAAAGGGGACGGGAACAAGGACCUCACACAGCUGGAGAAGGCGGUGGGCGCCAAGCUGGAGGCCUCCCUCAGCCGGCAGGUGCAAGCCCAGUUCCAGACGACGCUCAAGGCGGCCCUCCAGGAGACGCUGCGCACGUCGUUCCAGGGCCUCCUGCUGCCGUCAUUCGAGGCCGCCACGCGCGCCAUGUUCGAGCAGAUCGAGGGCGCGGUGCGGGGCGGCAUGGCUGACCAUGCACAGAACGCGCAGCACGCGGGGGCGGCGGCCAAUGGGGCGCUCGCGUCGACGCUCCAGGACACUAUCACAUCGGCCUCCGCCUUGGUGUCCACGCUACAGAGUGAGAUUGCAGAGGGGCAGCGGAAGCUCGUCGCGCUGGCGGAGGCGUCAGGAAAGCAGCGCACGGCGAGCCUGACCAAGCAAGGAAAUGGCGGACUGCCGGACGGGGCCAUCAGCCUGCAGCACGUGGAGGAGAGCCUGGACCCGACCAAGGAGCUGUCGCGGCUGCUGGCGGGCGGCAAGUACGAGGAGGCCUUCCUCAAGGCGCUCAACGCGUUCGACGUGCCCAUGGUCACCUGGCUCUGCAACCAGGUUGACCCCAACGCGAUCUUUGCGAGCCACCCGCUGCCGUUGAGCCAGGGCGUGCUGCUCUGGCUCGUGUCGCAGCUCGGCAGCGAGCUCGCCAAGGACACCUCCAAGAAGCUGGAUUGGAUCAGCCAGGCCGUGCUGGCAAUCAACCCGGAGGACCCGCUGCUCGCGCCGCACAUGCGCCCUUACCUGGAGCAGCUGUACCAGAGCCUGCACGCCCAGCUGCAGGCCGUGCCGUCUGGCGGCGAUGUGUCUCGCUCUUUGCGGACAAUAAUCCACGUUGUCAACUCGCUUUUGACCUCGUGCAAGUAGGGUGGGUAAUCGGAGGUGGCGGAAAAGAGCGUCCGCGGAGGAUGAUUGGAUAGUUGGUAAGGAAGUGGUUAGUGAAGGCUUGCGGGCGCGUUAAGGGGACCAACAUUUGGUGAGAUGGGGAUGAGAGGCUAGGCGAGUAAUGAGGGCCGUGUCUGAGACAAACUGGUGGAAGGGCUAGAGAAGGUGGACAUGACGAGGUUUGCGCUGUAAGCGGAUGAUGCAGUAGGUGCGUAAGACGGCCAGGUGACGAGAAUUGAAACCGAAAACGGAGCGUACAUUUGUGGGCGGCCGUCUUAUGCACCUCAAGCCGUCUGCUCGGAUGCUUCAUGCAGUGGAUUAUGGUCACGUUGUCCUUGAUGGCUGAAAAUCUCGUCAAGGGGAAGGCGAAUGUUGAAGAUCUUGGAGUUCGCUCUUGCUUGACAAGAUAAUGCAUUUCGUUCACACCCUCGAAUGCGGAAAUGAUAAUUUAGCAGAUAUUUAGAUCGAUAUGUCGACGUCCUACCACUAGCUUGAUUAGUUUCUAAAGAAACAGCAGGUAGACUUAGUGAAUCUAGCCAUGAUUUCCACCGUCAAAAUCAACCGU